AUGGCUAUACGUUCUGGCAUUCAAUCUCUAUCAAUUUUUGGAAAAAAAUUCGAUUUUUUACAACGAUUAACUAAUGCAUUUCAUCGGUAUAUUCAAUUUACGCAUCAUUUGUCAUAUAAUUCGAAAUUAUUUACUACUAACAAUUUAAUGGAUGCUAAAAAUUUAUUCGAUUUGGAACAAAUAAGCACCGAUACUUACAGAUAUGAACCAACUAAAUUAACAAUUCCAAAUGGAUUAAUCGUAUCACGUGCAAUGGCAACUGCAAUCAAAAAUAUUCCACAAAAAAUGGCUCUAAAUAGUUGCCACGCAUAUUUCUGUAAUAAAAUAGCUGGACCAUCACCAAUUAUGUAUCAGGUAGAAGAUAUUCAUACAAACGAUGAUUUAUGUAUUCGAGAAGUAAACGUUUUACAAGAUGGCAAAUUAGCAAUUAAAGCAGAAGUUUCAUUUCAUGAAGCAUGUCGAGAAUCAAUAGCACAUCAGUGUCACAUGCCUGUCACACCGAUGCCUGAUUUCUGUAAUUUAUUAUCAGAAGCAAUUAAACAAUUAUUGGAAAAUAAAGAUGAAGAAAUUUUCCCAUUAUCAGUUGAAAUUCAUAAAUAUGCUGAUGCAAUAUUAUUAAAUCCAAUCAAUGAUAUCUUUGACAUUCGUAUUGUUGAUGCUGAUUCGUUUGCAGCAGCAACAAUGAAAGGUUUUUAUACGAAGAUUUGGGCUAAAACAAAAGAAAAAAUUGAGGAAAAUUUAAAUUAUCACAAAUUAUUGGCAUCAUAUUUUGUGGAAACAACACUUCUACCAUCUAUGCUACGAUAUCAUAUCAGUCGUGGCUUCUCACCUACUGAAUUAAAACCAUUGGAUUAUUGUUUAUGGAUUCAUAGUAAUGAUAUUAAUAGCAAUGAAUGGCUUUUAUGUGAAAAUCAUUUCUCUAUUGCUAAAUGUGGUAGAGCAUUUAUUCAACAUCAUUUAUGGACAAUAACAGGAAAUUUACUUAUGACAGCAACUUCGGAAGCUAUCAUUAAAGGUGUUUUCAUGGAACGAGAAUCAAAGCAAUUAAAGUGA